GAGGGUCUCCACUGCACGCGGGGACCAGCAGCGCCGAGGCAGCCAGCGGGGAAGGUCAGCGUCCCCCUCAGCGCUGCCCCGUGAAGAAAUAGGGAAAUAGAGGAGAGCUGAGCGUCGCACCUGUCCCACCUGUUCCUGAAUCAAUACUCAUUAACGCUCCACUCAGGUGUGUCGCCAAGAUGAUGAACAGCGAGUUUGUCUUGGAGCUCAUCAGCGUCUUCCACACCGGCCCUGUGGAGCCCGGGUCGUGCGUGCAGAAGCUGGUCGGCAAUAUUCCCACAGGGGUGAUUCUCAAGGAUGUCACCCUCGAGGUCCACGGUGGGGAGCUCAUGGCCAUCCUCGGCUCCAAGGGCAGCGGUAAGCGGGCACUUCUGGAGGUCAUCUCUCGGCGUGCCCAGGGGCCCACCAGGGGACAGAUCCUGCUCAACCACGUCCCCAUGUCCCUGAGGCUCUUCCAGGACUCCUGCGGCUACGUCACCCACAAGACGCAGCUCCUGGAGGGUCUCACCGCUAAACAAACCCUGGACUACGCCGCCAAGCUGUCCCUCAGUGCAAAGAUCGGCAGCUCCUUGCGGUCGGCUCGUGUGCGGCAGGUGUUGGCUGACCUGGCUCUGACGCAGGUGGCCAACAGGAUGGUGGACCAGCUGACGCCUUCUGAGUACAGGCGGCUCGUGAUCGGCGUGCAGCUCAUCAAGGACCCGCUGGUGGUGUUGCUGGACGAGCCGGCGUGGGGCCUCGAUCCCCUCAACACCUACUUCGUCAUCUCCAUCCUGAGCAACCACGCCAAGAAGUACAACCGCAUCAUGAUCAUCACCAUGGAGAAACCCAGGUCGGACAUCCUGCCGUUCCUGGACCGCGUGAGUUACCUGUGUCUCGGGGACGUGGUCUACACAGGCUCCACCAGGCACAUGAUCGACUACUUCAGGAGCAUCGGAUUCCCUUGCCCAGAGCUCGAGAACCCGCUUAUGUAUUACCUGUGCCUCUCCACGGUGGACAGACGGUCACGGGAACGCUUCAUCGACUCCAACAACCAGAUCGCGGCGUUGGUGGAGAAGUUCAAGCUGGAGGGAGGCCCGUACCGCAAGUCCUCCGCCCCGCCGCCCGACCUGGACCACCUCGAGCACAAGGUUCCGCUCUCCGCCUACGGUCGCCCCGGGGUCUUCUCCACCAUGAUGGCUCUGCUCGGCCGCGCCUUCGUCAUGCUGUCGCCCUGCAGCGGAGUGGGCCUGCAGCAGCUCUUCUUCAGACUCUUCCUCCUGCCGACCUACUUCUUCCUCCUCUGGAACUUCUACUUCGGCCUGGAGUCGUUCCAGCGGUCGUUCCAGAGUCGUGGGGGUCUUCUCUUCAACUGCAUGGCCGGGACUGCCUUCCUCGCCACCGCCGUCACCGCCAAGACCUUCGCGCCGCUCAGGACCCGCUAUUACCACGAGGCGAGGGAGGGGCUGUACAGGGGCCCGCUCUUCAUCCUCACCUACAACCUCUUCUCGCUGCCCCUGUCCUACCUGAGCGUGAUGGGAGCAGCCGCGGUGGUCUUCUUCGGACUCUUCCUCGGGGACACUGAAGUGGAGGGACCGGACUGGAUGGGCUGGGUGGUGUUUGGCUCGGUGCUGUGGGCGGUGUGGGCCUUCGUGGAGCAGCAGACCAUCGCCCUCAUGAUCAUCGUCAAGUCCUCGUAUUCGGCUGGCGCCACCUCCGUCGCCCUCACCACCCUCAACCUCCUCGUGGCCUCGGCGUCCCUCAGGUCACUCGUGCGCCUCCCCGACUGGCUCUACUACCUGGGUCACGUGAUCGUCUAUCGCUACGCCUCGGCUGUGCUGCACGAACAGGCUUUCCUCGACCGGCUGACCAACCUCCCCAUGAACGGCAGCGUCCUGUGCCCCGACAACAACGCGGAGUACGGCUGCCGCUACAGGAACGGCACGUACUACCUCCUCGAGCGCUACCACUUUCCCGAGAACGGCCUUGACCUCGGCAGGCAGGACCUUGAUCUCUGGUCGAACUUCGGGCUUUCCUUCGCUUUCUUCGGCGGCAUGUUGGUGCUGAACCUGGUGCUGUACCUGGUGCCGCUGCCCUCCUUCAUUAAGUCCAAGUUCAGGGACUGACGUGGAGGCGCCCAUCACGAACUGUCUCCCAGUCCACACAUGCCCAGGCUGAGGUCCACGGGCUGGUGAUGACCGUGACCCGCAGUGUUUCCCUCGCCGGAUGAACCUUCCUCACGGCGGAGAUUCGUUUAGUGAGUUGGUGCGACGUGUGUUGUCGGCGUGGUGGCGGGGCGGCUGUGCGUCACGCCGGGACGUGUCGCCGCGGGGCACGACGCCUGGCACAUCUCUCCGGGAGGAGGCCGUCCCGCUGCACUCUGUUUCGUGAUGCUGAACCACACACAUACUCCAGGGACGGUGUGCACCAGUAAACCCAUUACACUCAACAGUUUCCUU